AUGGCGGAUUGGGGACCUGUGGUGAUCGCAGUGAUAUUGUUCGUGCUUUUGACACCGGGACUGCUCUUUCAGAUUCCGGCGAGAGGUCGAAUCGUCGAAUUCGGGAAUAUGCAAACUAGCGGCGCCUCGAUUCUCGUUCACUCCAUCAUUUUCUUUGGUCUCAUCACCAUCUUCACCAUCGCCAUUCGUCUCCACAUCUACACCGGUUAAUUUUACCGUACCGGAUAUGUAAUUUAUUUCGGUUAUCUGGUUUGUCGUUGUCUUCUUCUUACCGACUGAAAGUGGACAAAAAGUAAACUUGCAUAAGGUC